AUGAGUUCUACUAACCUUGGAAGUAUUCGAUGUUUAUGUAAAUGUUGUAAAGGUAAUGGUUGUAUAGCAACACAAGUCAGUUCAAAUGAUAUUGGACAAUUAUGUGGCGAUGGUACAUGUAAUCAAGGUACAUGUAGUGUACGUAAUCCUAAUGAUUGUUUAACUGGAAAUACCGUUGAAGCAACAUGUGGAUCUAUAAAAACAUUAUUUACUUCAAUUAAUUUAAUGUUAACACUCAUUGCUCUAUUCAUCUAUUGGCAUAAAUACUAAUUUCAUUUAAGAGAAAAACAUCUUUCUUAUUGUUACUUUAUAAUCAACCGGACAAAUAAACAGAUAACUUUAAACAUACAGCAUGUAAUUUCGUGCAUUUGGAACGCAAAGUUGGGCGAUUAGAAAAAGUGGUCUUUUCAAAAUAACGUUGCCUCUCUCUGUGUUCAUACGAGCACGUUCUAUUUAUUUUUCUUCUCAUGUUUUAUUUUUCCAAAAUUCAUCACAUUAAGAUCAGCAAACGGUGUCAAUGUGUUUGUUAUCUUAUUUUUAUUUAUCUAAAUGUAGAUUUGCCACAAUGUCUUCGAAAUAAAACUUUUCGAUGCAUUGCAUCACCGUACAUACAAAGAUGACUUUUCACUUCAUGAAAUUAUUGUAAACAUUUAACAUCGGUUCUUCUCUCUUAGAAUAAAUGUAAUUAGACGCUCCUUGAACAUUUUCUUUUCAACAGUUCUUAAUCAGUCAUUUCACAGCCCCGAUCUUUGUCCUUGCAGCAGCUUUUGAAAUUUUGAAACCCACGUCAGUUUUUAUGUUGUUUUUAUCGUUAUACUGCGAGAAAAAAUCUUUGAUUUUUUGCUAUAUAUCUACCACCAAAUAAUGAGCUUUCUCACUCUUAAUUCUGACUGCAAACUGAACCUUCCGUUCUAUACAAAGAACAUUUAAAAAAAUAUUUAACAUCAAAUUUAGUAAAAAAUGCACCUUUCGCCUCAAAUACAGUCUCCAAAACAAAUUUAACUGAGUACUAUUCGAUCGGUGACUCUCUAGGAAAGUUUUCAAGGCUCAUGCACCCCCACUCAUCGAUCAGCCACGACUCGUCUGCUGUAUUAUACAAACAUAUUCAGGAAAUCAAAAAUCUGAGAGGAAAAACCUCAUUGAUCGAAGGCCGUCAACAAAACGGUAACCAGCAUAAUCUGAAGAUGCACUACGUCUAACUCAGAGUGG